AAAAUAUAUAAUAUAUUCAUAAUCGAUAAGCGUUCAACCUUAAGCCCACAAGAAAAAUAGCUUAAACAAAGAACUAGCUUUAUAGACAAGUCACCCUCCUACAACAACAACCAAACACACAAAACCAAAGUGACAAAAACCAAUUAAAACCAAAUUCUCAAGUAAAACCCGAUAAAAAAAGAAAAGCAGUAAAAAUGGCCGACAAGAAAAUUGGUGAAUAUUACACGCCGCCGGUAAAAAUGGGCAAAUGGGAGGGUUUCAAAAAAUUCCUAUGGAACAGUGAAACUAGCCAAUGCCUUGGACGUACCGGUUCCAGUUGGGCAAAAAUUCUACUAUUCUACAUAAUAUUUUAUGCGGCGUUAACUGGAUUCUUUGCUGCCAUAUUUACGGUGUUCUAUCAAACGUUGGACAGUGAGAAGCCCAAAUGGAUGCUCGACAAUGGUUUGAUUGGAUCCAAUCCAGGUCUUGGCUUCCGACCAAUGCCCCCAGAGGCGAAUGUUGAGAGCACUUUAGUCUGGUACGAGUCAUCGAAGAAGGACAACUACCAGUACUGGGUCGAUGAAACUGCACGAUUUCUGAAAUAUCACACUUACGAGGACGAGGAUAAACAGAACCAUGUGAACUGCUCCUUCGAGCAUCCCCCACCAGAGGGCAAGGUGUGCGGUGUCGAGGCCUCCAGCUUUGCUCCCUGCACAAUUGAGAAUAACUUUGGCUAUCAUGUGGCCCGGCCCUGCAUAUUCCUCAAGUUGAAUAAGAUUUACAACUGGAUACCAGAGAUUUACAACGACUCAAAAACUUUGCCCAACCACAUGCCCGAUGAGUUGAAGCAGCACAUCAAGGAGAAGCAACAGCUGCGACCAAAUGAGACUGGCGUCGUUUGGGUGUCCUGCGAGGGUGAAAAUCCCGCCGAUGUUGAGAACAUUAAGGCUCGCGAUUACUAUCCACGCAUGGGUUUCCCACGUUUCUAUUUCCCCUUCAAAAAUAUUAACGGCUACAUACCGCCAAUUGUCGCUGUACAGUUUACUGUCGAAACCGGCGUCUUGAUCAACAUUGAGUGCAAAGCCUGGGCCCGCAACAUCAACCACGAUCGCUCGGACAGGAGAGGAUCCGUUCAUUUCGAGUUGAUGGUCGACUAAGAGAAGCGUUAAUCAUCUUGGAGCAGCAGCGGCGGAGAAAGCAGCGAAGGAAAGCGAACAAGGAGAAGGGAGGAGAGUGUUUAAGAAGGAGAAAUAGAAGCAACAAGAACAACAAACCACACACACACACACAAAGCAAAAGCAAAAGCA